UCCAUUCUUUUUUUUUUGUAGAACCGUUAGCUCCAUGCUUGCUAAAAUGAUCCCAUCCACGAUUUCUUUUGUCUAGACUUGGAUAGAAUUAAAGCAAGCCUUUUGUCUAACACAAAGAAAUUUUCUCCCGUUUCUCUGUCCUCUGAUCAGUUCCGUCGUUUUUGAUCACAACCAACAGGGAAUCCUCUAUUAACCUUGUGUUCCAAUCACCUCCCUUCUCCAAAAGAUGCCCUUCUGUACCUUGCCGAGACUCCUGAAGCCCCUCCUCUUUGCUGCUACCCCAACGGCGAAAAGAUGUUAUCACCCGUUCUCUCCUCGGCUCCCCAUCCUCCACCCAUCAAAUCCCUAAAUCCCAUCUCGUUUCGUCAGCUCCCCACCUUUAAAAAUCCGAUCUUGAUGCGCAGAUUGGGUUCAAAAAGCCGUCUUGGUGGACGAUCGAGGGUUUCCAAGUCUAAGGGCAUCAUGGAAUUGGCCAGGGCUGAUGCUUUCGAGAGCACGAGUAUUGAGGAAGAUGGAGCGGGUGAAGCGGAGGCGAUUCUGGAGAACAGGCCGUCGGUGUUCGCUCGUGAUUUUUCAUCGGGAGACCUCGAAUCGACUAUGAAUCGAAUGAGCAAGUGGUUCGUGGCCGGUCUUUUUGGACUUAUCAUACUGUGGAAGCAUGAUGCCGGAGCCAUGUGGGCUGCAAUGGGAUCUGUUGUAAAUGCAUGGCUCUCAAUUACUUUGAAGCAGAUACUAAAUCAUGAAAGACCUGAUUCUGCUUUGAGAUCUGAUCCUGGAAUGCCAUCGUCACACGCACAGUCCAUCUUCUAUGCUGCAUUAUUUGCAAUUCUGUCAUUGGUCCAUUGGCUGGGGAUAAAUUUAUUUACAGUAACUGUUGGGAUUUUUACCUUCACAAGCGGCUGUUAUCUUUCAUGGCUUCGGGUAUCCCAACAACUUCACACAGUCAGCCAAGUCCUCGUUGGUGCUUUGCUGGGAUCCACCUGUGGUAUUAUAUGGUUCUGGAUGUGGCAUUCUUUUGUAUUAAAUGCAUUUGUUUCCUUUUUAUGGGUUCGGAUCCUGGUGGUUGUUGGUUCGGUAACAUUCUGUGUGGCCUUCUUGCUUCAUGUAGUUCAGCACUGGCUCAGGGAUGGGUGAUAAAUAUCAUGGACAAGUAAAAAUUAAUAGAAACCAAGCAAUCUGGUUGUGUUGUUCUUAGAUGCAUUACAUUACAUGUGAAGAAUUUUGAC